AUGGACUUUGAGGUGACCCCUGAGAAAUACAAGUCUGAGACACCUGUCAGCGUCUACCUCUUCGGCUUCGAAGAGGAAGCUGGAGACGAGUUCCCAAAAUUCACCCGCAACGACCGCCACCUAGUCACUGCACCAAGUCUGGAAGCCCUGAAUGACUGGAUCAAGGCAGUCAACGAACUCGCCAAAAGUGGAUGCGCCAGUGCAUUCCAGGGGGUUCCCCUGCUGGAGGCAAGAAGUGCUCGCUGGCUGACAUUCAACGUGGCAAGGAAGGAUGCAAUCUUUGGAGCCGGAGAUCUAGCGGUGAAAUACAGAGGAAUGGUUGCCAUUACACGUCUUGCUGCGGAAGCUCAACUGACUGCCGACCAAUCUACGGACCUCCGAGUGCUCACCUAA